AUGGAAGCAGCUCUGAAGCUAGCUCGCCAAUACUUCCUUGAGCUCGAUCCUCCGCAGCCCGAUCGCGUCCACUUCAUUGCUAGAGAAGCCUCAUAUCAUGGGAACACACUCGGUGCUCUCGCAGUGAGCGGUCACCAGGGGCGCCGAGAGAAAUACGAACCUCUUCUAUCGAAAAACACAUCCCACGUCUCGGCUGUGUAUGAGUACAGAGGACGGGAUUUCGCCACAGAAACAAGUCAAGAUUAUGUUGCAAGACUCGUCUCAGAGCUUGAUGAAGAAAUUACGCGCGUUGGACCUCACAAGGUAUGUGCAUUCGUCGCGGAGCCCGUGGUCGGCGCCGCAAUGGCAUGUACAGUGGCACCAUCGGGUUAUUUCGCGGCUGUGAAAAGUGUCUGUGAAAAACAUGGCGCACUUCUCAUCUUAGAUGAAGUCAUGUGCGGCAUUGGAAGGACUGGGCAUAUGCAUGCCUGGCAGAGUCCUGACGUCAACGUCACUCCUGAUCUACAGACCAUGGGCAAGGGCUUAGGAGGUGGUUUCAUUCCUAUAUCUGCUUUGCUUGUGGGAGAAAAGGUCAAUGAUGCACUUUUUACAGGAACAGGAUCCUUUACUCACGGCCAGACGUACCAGGGCCACGCGCUAGCUUGUGCUGGAGCUCUUGCUGUCCAAAAAAUAAUAAAACAGGACAAUCUCUUGUCCAAUGUACGAAUGAUGGGCGAAAAACUCUUCAACGACCUAGGAAAAGCCCUGGAAAACCAUCCUCACGUUGGCGAUAUCCGCGGCUGCGGUCUCUUUUUGGGGCUCGAGAUCGUCGAGGAUAAAGUGACAAAGCAACCGUUUCCGUCUUCGUUGACCAUUGCAGAGCGCAUCAGUGAAUUGGCUUUGGACUUCGAUCCUGAUUUUGGUAUCACUGUUUACCCCGGAACUGGAACAGUCAACGGUCUCACAGGCGACCAUGUCAUACUCGCCCCGCCAUACAACAUCACUCAAGAGGAUGUCGAUUUAAUCGUCCGAACGACAGCAGCGACUGUCGAUGCUGUCACCAAAGAGUUCUCUUGUGCUCCUCGUCACCAUGCAAACCCUUGA